AUGAAUAAAUGUGUUAGCAGUUCUAAUUUUCUUGGUGACCCGGAAGAUUACAAAUUUGCAUUUCGUGUAUUAUCAUGUGUAGGCAUACCAAUCCAUAUCUACGGUGCAUGGUGCAUCUUUUUCAAAACGUCAACUAAUAUGCUUCCUGUCAAAAAAUUGUUGUUAUGGACCCAAUUCUUGGGUGCACUUAUGGACUUAAGUAUUAGCACAACUUUGAUUCCAUACACCUUAUUACAACAUUUUCGUUUUAUUCAUUGGGAUUCAUUGGAUUUGUUGAAAUUCAGGUGUUUCUUGUUUUGAUAAUAGCCGCAUGGACUGUUAUGUCGAUAUUAAGUGUCUACGAAAAUCGAUAUUAUACUUUAUUCGGAAAGCAUAACAACAUGUGGUGUGCAAAGUUCGCAAGUAUUUUCUAACUUCAAAUUACAUUACUGCAUUGCUAUUCGUCAUGCCAUUAGUUUUAACCAUUCCAGAUCAAUCUGUUGCAUUUCGGAAAAUUGCGGAGAAACUUCCUUGCACCCCUGAUGUUUCUAUUGAAAAUCGACAAAUUUUUAUUGUAACAAUUGAUGAAAGGCUUAGCAUGAUAUGCUUUUCAUUCAUAACAGGUCUACUAACAAUUGAGAUCCUCCCUUUUCUAUUCAUAAUUCUUGUCAAAUUGAUUUACUCUGGAAAAAAUAAAAAUUCGAAAUUUUCGAAUAGAACUCAACUACUCCAGAAGAAGUUUGCGAUCGCUCUAAUUAUUCAGUCCUUGAUUCCUAUUGCUUUACUUUUGGUGCCUGUUAUUUAUGUACUGGUAACUGUGAUAGUAAACUAUCACAACCAGUCAUUUGCUAAUCUUGGCGUUGUACUAGGCUCAUCUCAUGGAGUAUUGGCAACAAUUGUGAUGGUAUUUGUUCAUCAACCUUACCGGGAAGCGACUGCAAAUUUGUUUUGCUGUUGUUCACGAGAUUUUAAGAAGGCAAUUCAUUGUUUUAAUUGUGCAGUCGGUGGUUUGGCACAAACAUGA